AUGCUUCGAUUAUUACUUUCGCCCAAAAUGCCUUUAAAAUCUUGUUUCUUUCUUUUAUACAUAAAUAUUUACUAUUCGUCUAUUUUCUUUUCCAUAUUUGUUUUUUUCUCUUUCUUUGUUUUCGUCUUCGCAUAUUUUACAAAUAAUGAGAUCUCGCCUUUCCCUUCCAAACUUACUUUUUCUAUAUCCUUUCUCUGUAUUUUUCUUUUUGUUUUAUCUCCCGCUUUCUUUCUUUCUUUCUUUCUUUCUUUCUUUCUUUUUUUCUUUUUUUCUUUCUUUCUUUUUUUCUUUCUUUCUUUCUUUCUUUCUUUCUAUAUUUCCACUUUUUUUCCCUUAUUUUCCCUAUCAAGUGGUUUGAUCGAAAAGAAUACGCCCAAUUGUACUGAUAAAUACGAACUGACCAAUAUCUAUCUAUCUAUAUCUAUCUAUCUAUCUAUCUAUCUAUCUGUGUUUCGCCAAUCGCUAUUCAUCGAUCUCUCUAUUUUACUCUUCCUCUGUCUCUUCUUUCUUUCUUUCUUUCUUUCUUUCUUUCUUUCUUUCUUUCUUUUCACAAUUACUCUUCUUUCUUUCUUUCUUUUCACAAUUACUCUUCCUUCUUUUCUUUCUUUCUUUCUUUCUUUCUUCUUUCUUUCUUUCUUUCUUUUCACAAUUACUCUUUUUUCUUUCUUUCUUUAUUUCUUUUCACAAUUACUCUUCUUUCUUUCUUUCUGUCUUUUCAAAAUUACUCUUCUUUCUUUCUUUCUUUCUUUCUUUCUUUCUUUCUUUCUUUCUUUCUCAGGAUAUUACAAAGAGAUAAGAUACGAACAGCCUGAAAUAGACAAGACGAAAUGCUGUUGCUGCAAUGUUUCUUUUGUUUCGGCAAAUCAAAGAGGCAGAAGCCCUUCUUUUCGCUUCCUCAAUCUUAUUCAUUUGAAAGCGGACAGCCGGUGGCGUAACCGAAUCAGCCGCUUAUCCACUGGUUGCGGGGAAGCUGGCUCUUUCAUUCUCAGAUCUAUCUAUCUAUCUAUCUAUCUAUCUAUCUAUCUAUCUAUCUAUCUAUCUGGAGAGGAAGAUAAAAGGAUAAAUAGAUUCUCUAUUUAUCUAUUUAACUCUUUUUGA